GCGGAAGCACGAGUGGGCUGAGACGGGAGCAGAGGCACUCGGGGAAGUUCCCGUGCUUAGACAGGGGCUGCAGUGGCUCUCCAGGAAGCCCAAAGGGGCCACGUACGCCGACCCUCCUUAGCUGCUUCCUCCCGAAUAUCCGUUCCCGGCAGCUGCUGGACCAGGACUUCCCGGAGGAGCACGGAGCUGUGCUCGCUCGGCGCUUGUGGCUGCAGGACACUCGGGCCCAAUGGAGCAAGGAGGCUGGCAGCGGUGGCUGCUGCUGCUGGUGGGCCUCCAGCUGGCCAGCAGCCAGUGCCCAGAGCAGUGCCGGUGUGUCCGUAGUGCCCAGGUGGAGUGCUCUGGUGUCAACAUCACCACGGUCCCCAGCCCCAUCCCUGCCAACGCCAUGACCCUGCAGAUCAUCAACACCAACAUCGCCGAGCUGGGCGAUGCCGCCUUCGGCAACGCCUCCCUGCUGAUCGGGCUGCGCGUGGAGAAGAACGCCCUGUCGCGCAUCAGCCCCGGGGCCUUCCAGAACCUGCCCGACCUGCGCUACCUCAGCCUGGCCAGCAACAAGCUGCAGGAGCUCCCUGUGCAGGUCUUUCAGCCUCUGGACAAGCUGGAGUCUCUGCUCCUCUCCAGCAACCAGAUCCUCCAGGUCGAGCCUUCCCACUUCGCCCAUCUAAGCAAUCUUAAGGAGCUGCAGCUGCACGGGAACAACCUGAAGGAGCUGCAGGAGGGGGUGUUUGACCAGCUGACCAGCCUCACCAAGCUCAACCUGGCCAGGAACAACAUUGACCGCCUGCCGCCCCGGGCCUUCGAGCGGCUGGCGCGGCUGCAGGUGCUGCGGCUCUAUGAGAACCGGCUCCGGCACAUCCCGGUGGGCACCUUUGAUGGGCUGCCAGAGCUGCAGGAGCUGGGGCUGCACCAGAACCAGCUGGAGACGCUGUCCCCGGAGCUCUUUGUGCACAACACCAACCUGCAGAAGCUCUACUUGUCCAACAACCUCCUCACGACUCUGCCGAGCGGUGUCUUCUUGCCCCUGCACGCUCUUGCCAAGAUCACCCUGCACGUCAACCGCCUGCGGGACAUCUCCCCCAGUGCCUUUGGGCCCACGCCCAACCUGCAGGAGCUUUGGCUUUACGAGAAUGAGCUUUCCACCCUCCCCACUGCUGUCUUCAGCAACCUCACCGGGCUGCAGCUCCUGGUUCUCAGCAAGAACCGCCUGCGGUCGGUGGCACCAGGGGCGUUCCAGGGCCUGGGGGAGCUGCUGGAGCUGUCUCUGCACUCCAACGCCCUGCGCCGCCUGGAUGCCCGGGCACUGGAGGGACUGCCCAAGCUGCAGAACAUCUCUCUGCACCAUAACCAGCUGCAGGCACUGCCACGGGGCCUCUUUGGGGCCACCCCUAGGCUGCAGCACCUGCAGCUGCACGCCAAUGCCCUGGAGUACCUGCCUGCCGGCAUCUUCUCCCCGCUGACUGCCCUGCGAGAGGUGAGGCUGCACAACAACUCCUGGCGCUGUGACAAGGGCAUCCUGCCCCUGCAGGGCUGGCUGGAGAAGAACCCUCACAAGGUGGGUGAGAUACCCCCGCUGUGUGCCCAGCCUCCCUCCCUGCAGGGCAUCCCCAUCGCCGGGCUGACACAGGACCAGUUCCUCGACCCUCAGCCCUCCACUGCUGCUCCCCAUCCCAGCACCCUGCUCCCUGCUGACACCUCUGAGACAGCAUCACCUGAAGAUGCCUCGAUGGAGCCCCCCACAGGGCUGCCAGCCUCCCCACAGGAGGAGGAAGAGGAGAAGAAGGAGGAGGAAGAGAGGGGGCAGUGGGGGCUGACACGCCUGCAGAGUGGGGUGGUGGUAGCAGUCAUCGUGCUGUUGUGUGUGGCCCUGCUGGCUGCUCUGGUGGCACUGGUGGUCUAUGGCUGUAGGAAGAAGAGCCAUGUUGUGCUCAUGAGGAUGAAGGCUCCGAAUGAAGCCUGAGGAUCUGGCAAACCCUGAGGGCAGAGGUGCUUGUGGGGGUCAAAGGACAUGGCAAUGGCUCUGCAUCAGGUGCCCUUGCUGACUGGGAUGGGACAUCACUCUGUGUGCUGUAUGUACCACUGUCCUGCUCUGCUUUGCCCUGCCCCUACUCUGCAGCAGGGCCUCCCCACCGAGUGACCUCCCAUGGCUGCCCACUGUCCCCAGCCCUCCCUGCCUCCAGUGCAGCCUCUGUGCUCAUUCCCUGCCUGGGUGCAGCAGCUGAGGUGUGCAAUGGAGAGAGGGACCCCUCGAGCCAGGAGCCACAGCCUGGCCAUGAUGGUGCUUUACCCCAAAGAACAGGACUUCCCCAUCCUUCACCUUCACCAUUCCCUGCAGUGCUGCUGCCCUCAUGCUGCCUGCUGCCCUCACCCCUGCCCAGCCCCUCUUCCCCACCUUCUGCCCCCACCACGCUCCCCCUUGCCCCUGCCUGGGCAGGCAGUGUGAGCCAUGCUGGGCCAGGAGCCGAGUGAGCACCUUCGCCCCAGGAGAGCUGCUUGUCCCCUGGUGCCUGGGCAGGGCUCCCCGUGGGGCUGGGCUGCUGCAGGCUGGCACACCCUGAGUGUCUCAGCUGCGUCCCUGUUGCCCUCCCUGCCUGCAGGCAGGGCAGGCCAGAGCACAGCCAGCACCCUCUCCUGCUCCUGGCAUCUGCCUGCUUCCCUUGUGCACCUCCAGCCAGGAGAGCCACGGGACAGUGGCUGGCAUCAGGGAUGGGCCCUUGCACUCUGCAGGGGCUGGGAGAAGCUCCUGUGCUUGUGCACCCGGGCUGCUGGAGCAUAUUGGGGCUGCUUCUACUGCACCCCAUUCCAGGUCCUCAUUUCCUUAACACCCUUCACCACCUAGUGAGCAACCUGGUCCUUCUCUGCUUGACAAAGCCUCUUCAUCCUCCUCUUACUCCCUUGAGUGCCCUCCUGUGUGUGCCCAGUGCCCCUGCUUGGUGGCAGGCCUCAGCCAGGGGGAAUGCUGGCAGCGCAGAGUGCAGGGUCAGCAAGUGCAGGCUGCUCUGCAGUUUGCAGGUGGGUGCCAGGCCAUCCCCCCACAGCACCUGUACCCAGCUGCCCUCUCCACCUGCAGCAUGACCAUGGGGGGCCAGCUCACCUCCUGCCGUGGCCCCAGGCUGCCUGAGGACGGCUGCUGUGGGACAAGGUGCCUGUUUGGUAUCCACCCUGUCGAGCUGGCUGCUCAUGGCACCUCAGUAGCCAGUGCUGGCACAAGCAGCUCCGUGCUGGUGCACUUGAUGGGUCACUCCUCUGGGCUGAGUCCUGCGUGGCAACAGGAGACACAGGACUGUGUCACGGGGCUGUUGGGUGCUGGUGUGUGACCUUCCCAUUAAAGUGCCUUUGUC